AUGUCGGCUCCCAGCCUUGAAAAACGGCGCGACUCUUCCGGCACGGCCAGUCCUGAGCCCGGCGAUGGGGUCGCGCCCGUCUUUCAAACAGCGACAGUGGAACCGGACGGUUGCCGAGUCUGUUCGGACAUCUUGGUUGUCAUCAGGAUGGGUUUAGAGAGAAGGUGGCAACCUGUGAUCCGCCAUCUGGGAAACAUGCACAGCCUGAUGCAGAUGCCCUGCCCGCACGCGCAGUCAAUGAGAAGAUUGUGGGAAUUCAUGGAGCUGGACAAUAGCUCGCCGCAUCAAAUUCUGGUCGCGGUCGCGACCAAGUCGGGAGAUCUAGCCAUUCUCAUUCGACCAACAGAAAAGCCGCAGAAACUCCUAAAACUUCAAUAUUUUGAGCUGGUCGGCAAACCCGACCAACCUGGCCAUUUGGGGACGUCGCGCUUGACUGACUCCCAAUGGAUCGACCAGUCGAUACCGCGUUCUUGGCAUGAUGAAUGCCUCAUGAAACAUGGAGCUGCAUGUGCGCAACCGCCAUCGGCGACACCAGGGAGGGCGUGGGCAGAUGUGUGUCCUGAGUGGCUGAUUGAUGUUGAGGACCUGUGCAUCGUGCCAUCGAACUCGACCACGACCACCUACUUCACAUUGUCUUAUACCUGGGGCGUUGUGGAUUCUGUCAUGACCACAAAGGACAAUGUCGAGAUGUUAAGGAGGCCGGGUUCGCUACACCCCGACAACACCACAAAGGUGCCGAGAACGGUGCGGGACGCCAUCAACAUAACGAGGAGCCUUGGUUGCAGGUAUGUCUGGAUCGACCGUCUAUGUAUCAUCCAAGAUGAUCAUGAGGCCAUGUCCCGGAACUUGAACAUCAUGCAUCAGAUAUACGCAUCUUCGGCCCUUUGUCUGGUUGCCUUCUCUGGGAAAGAUGCGGACCACGGCCUCCGAGGGUUUCGAGGCAUCUCGGAACCAAGGUGUUUGGACCAGAAUGUUCUCGACCUAGCUGGGGGAGAGCAACUGGCCUUCUUCAGACGUGCUCCCUAUAUCAGCAGUGCAACGGCUGGAGACGGAUCAGAUUGGGCUGAGCGCGGAUGGACACUGCAGGAGUUCCUUUUCGCAAAGAGACGACUAAUCUUCACCGACGGUCCACUUCGCUGGGUGUGCUCGAGCGUAACUUGGUAUGAAGAGACACGCGAUGGCGCACACCAGAGUUCUUACAUCCGCACUCCCCUUGUCAACUGGAUGGGACCUGAAUACCGAAGCCCUUGCAAUUCGUGGAUCUGUGAUGCUGCCGGCGAGUUCAGCGGUCGCCACCUCACGCUCCCGGGGGAUGCCCCAAGAGCGUUUUUGGGGUUGCAGAACUUUUUGAGUUCGUAUUUCGAGGGCGGACUUAUCUAUGGACACCCUCAGAUGUUCUUUGAGGGAUCAUUACUCUGGGGUCAUCAUCGAGUGAAACGACGGGUCGCGUCGACCAACGCCACGUCGAGGGAGGGCAUUGUUCCAAGUUGGUCCUGGCUAGCCUGGCAAGGGAGCAUCCAGUUAUUCCGGGACUCGGAGUACAUGGGCUCCAGCCACUAUGGGCUCCUGGAACCUGUUGCCAAGUGGUUCGCUAUGAAGUCGCCAUCAUCGUCGCCAUCAGAAAUGCACCCCAUCAAGUCUGCGUGGCAUCAGCACAAAACGCUCGCCCAGAAAUAUCCCGAACACGUUCCGGAGGGCUGGAUAAAGGACGAGAUCCCAGACGAAAAUUUUCUCAAGAAGCUCUACAGGUUCGGACACUUUGGGUUUCACUACCCGGUUCCCGUCCCGUCAAGGACAGAGGUGGCCGAGCCGCCUCCCCAGCUACCGUUCAUCUUCGCAAGAACAGCCAGAGCCUUCUUCCUCCCGAGACCACUACGUCCGGGAAUAGAGAACCAAGCGCUUUGUCUCGAGUUAUACACGAGCGAUCAGGAAUUCGCCGGGGUCUUGUAUGCCCAUGAUGAACCGGAUAUGGAUCAUUUGCUCUCGCUCGAGACGGUUGAACUCGUAGCGGUGGCGAAGGGCUGGUCGGAGCGGCUUCACGAAUUCAUACACCCGUUGACGGCCGCGGAGAAAAGGGCCCGGAUACUUAGUGCUAGGAAUCCACCGCCGCAUUCGGACUGCUAUUUCGUUCUUUGCAUUGGGUGGGAGCAUGGCGUGGCAACGCGCCAGGGCAGCGGCGUGGUCUUGUCUGAAGCGUGGGAAAAGGCGCAGGAGCCUGUAGAUCUGAUCCUAGGCUGA